GUCCUCUUCAAGCCGUACGACAUUCCUAGGCAUACCGCCUAUCCGUGCUAAUCGAGACCAUUUCUCCUCCUUAGAGGGGGGAGAGUUAUGGAAGCGGCGAGUCCUACCAACCGUAAUACCCUCCGGAAAUGGACAUCUGCUCCAGCUACUCUUGCUGGAACUGGCGCUGGCUUGGUAUCCAGCGUCGUCACUUGCCCUCUCGAUGUUAUAAAGACGAAACUUCAGGCCCAAAAAGCGGCAAGAGGUAGUGCAGAUUAUCUAGGAGUCCUUGGUAUGCAGUUGCCGAUCUGCUUCCAUGAGUCAUGUGAGUUCAUGUUUCCCCGUCCUCCUGUAGGCACAGUGAAAGAUAUAUGGCGUCGAAACGGGAUAAGAGGGAUGUACCGUGGAUUGGGACCAACGAUCCUCGGUUAUUUGCCAAGUUGGGCCAUCUAUUUCUCGCUUUACGAUGGAAUCAAGACCCACCUACGCGAGAAACGCCACUUGUUGAGAUCUCAUCACGAAUCCGAGCACAGCGUGCGGGAUUUUAUGACAUUGCACGUUCUUGCCGCCAUGUCGGCCGGAGCGACUGGAUCCAUUGUAACAUAUCCAUUGUGGGUUAUAAAAACCCGUUUCAUGACUCAACCUCCCAACGAACCUCAAUACCGUCACACGUUCGAUGCGUUUAUAAGAGUCUAUCGUAAGGAAGGCAUUGGAGCCUUCUACCGUGGCCUAGUGCCAAACCUUCUCGGUUUCGUUGACAUGCUAUUCCAUCGUGAAGAUAGUUUGUUUUAACACGGUCGUUCAGCCGAGUCUCAGCACAUCCCCAUCUCUGGUUUAGACUCUGGUACAAUACUUCUCGCUUCAUCGAUAUCGAAAAUGAUAGAGAAAUCACCAGAGCAAGCAAGCACCCUCUCACUACCAAACAAUAGCCGAAGGCUAUCCCCAUUGUCAUCAUUGUCCCCUGGUGUCUCAACUCCCCAUCCCGUACAGUUCCG